UGAGUGGUCAAUAUCGUCAUUACAAAGAAAUGGCGAAAUGAGUGUAUACAAUGGAUAAAUACAACAGCUCAGCCCUUGAACCUGGGCUAUGGAACUCCUGAGUCCUGGACCUUGAUACAAGCAAGUGCUCAUCCGACGUCGAGUAGCCAACAUGAUUUCCAACGUCUUGAUUGCGGGGCUGCUUCAGCUGGCGGCACUGCCUGCUGCAUCGGCACAAGCUUGGUUUGACCUGCCUGGCAGCUUAUACGGCCCUCCAGAACAGCAAUGGGCGUCGUGCGCCGAUGCGAGUUGGCCGGUGACGGAACUCGGCGAGCCACUCGCGCCCCAGAAGCCAGACACCCAGCUGGUCGAAGCGGUGGCCGCAAUCGACGAGGCACGUGUCGAGAACAUCGUCACGACGCUGGCAAACUUCGGAACCAGGCAUACCCUCUCGAUUCAGAACUCUUCAACACGCGGGAUCGGUGCCGCACGUGACUGGAUCUACAGCCAGAUGCAGGAUAUUGCCGCGGACUCUGAGGGCAACAUGGACGUCUUUUUCAACAGCUACAUCCAGCCCGUCGCGAACAGAGUUCCCUUCCCGGUCAAUAUCACUAACGUCGUGGCGCGCAUCAACGGGACUGUUGACCCUAACCGCGUGUACGUGGUGACUGGCCACUACGACAGCCGCCGGCUCGACGUGUCAGACUACACGAACGACGCGCCCGGAGCAGAUGACAAUGCCAGCGGUGUUGCCGUGGUGAUGGAGAUGGCGCGGGUGCUGUCCAAGCUCAAGCCAGCAACCACGUUGCUCUUCGCCGCCGUAGCGGGAGAAGAGCAGUCCCUCCUCGGCAGCGCGUACCUCGCCCAGACGCUCAAGGCGCAGGGCUACAACGUCGAGGGCAAUUGGAACAAUGAUAUUGUGGGGACGGGCUCGUUCGCCCCCUUCUCUCCGAUCAACAAUUACACGGUGCGCUUGUUUGGCGCGAGCAUCUUGUACCCCAACGCAAGUACCGCCGCAUACCAGUCCCGUAUUGGGAACAUUGGGUACGAGAACGAUAGUCCCGCUCGCAACCUGGGCCGCUUCAUCGCCGAGGUCGCCGCGGGCGCCGCCGAGUCGGUCGGAAUGCAAGUGGCCCUUAUCUACCGGCCUGAUCGGUUCCUGCGGGGCGGUGACCACCAGUCUUUCCUGGCCCAGGGAUUCCCUGCCGUGCGCUUCACCGAGGCAGUGGAAGAUUUCACGCACCAACAUCAAAACGUCCGAGUUCAGGAUGGCGUCCAGUAUGGUGAUUUGGUAGAGUACGUUGACUUUGAUUACACGGCUCGUGUCGCCCGGGUCAACCUGGCCACCAUGUGGAGUGCGGCGAACGCGCCUGCGCUGCCAAAGAAUGUGACUAUCUCGCAGGUGAUUGGUUUUCCUGCUUCCAAUGAGCAGACGCCGCUGGACGUGGUGGGUAACGACAGCCAGUUCACCUGGGCGACGGGAAAUGAUCCACUCGUGGCUAGUUACGAGCUCGUGUGGAGGCCCAGUGGUGCCCUGCAGUGGUCGCGGAGUCUUGAUGUUGGGAAUGUGGGAACUGUGACGGUUGACCUGCCGAAGGAUGCUGUUCAGUUCGGCAUUCGAGCUGUAGGCAAAGAUGGGAAGAAGAGCCCUGCGGUUUUGCCCUUCCCAGGAUAG